UACAUCGAAAAUUCCUGGGGCGAGAAUGGAGGUCGCCAUUGCCUCCUCCGUGUGUCCGGCGAUCUCGCCCUGCUCCAGCUCCAAGGAGCGCCAGCAGCAGCCGCUUCGGUCGAGCCUGGGGCCUCUCCGGCGAUCGACGCUCGUGUCAGGUCAGAAAAUUAUGGCUGAUCCGCGAUGGAAUUUCCACCGUUCAGUGAUCAAGGCAGUGAAGACCGAGGAGCAUGUAGCAAGGGAGGAUUUGCCUGUUGUGCGAGUCGAUCCCCUGCUGGCUCCACACCAGGACCAUCUUAAGUACCGAUUUUCUCAGUACGAGGGGAGGAAGAAAGCCAUCGAGAAGUAUGAAGGUGGUCUUGAGAAGUUUUCUUUGGGCUUUCAGAAGUUUGGAUUUAAUUACGAGGAUGGUUAUAUAGUCUACCGGGAAUGGGCUCCUCCUGCACAAGCGGCUCAGCUUAUUGGGGACUUUAACAACUGGGAUGGAUGGAGCCACCCGAUGGAGAAGGAUAAAUAUGGUGUGUGGUCAGUACGCAUACCAGAUGUUGAUGGGAAGCCCGGAAUUCCCCAUGGAUCCAGAGUUAAAUUUCGGAUGCAGAGGGGGGAUGGCCAGUGGAUCGAUCGUAUACCUGCGUGGAUAAAGUAUGCGACUGUGGAAGCUGGGAAAAUGGGAGCUUCUUACGACGGAAUUCUGUGGAAUCCACCGGAAGAUCAGAGGUACAAGUUUGAGCAUCCACGACCUCCCAAGCCUGUCGUUCCUCGCAUAUACGAAGCACACGUUGGCAUGAGUUCCAAGGAGCCAUGUGUAGCGUCCUACAUCGACUUUGCAGACAAUGUGCUUCCUCGGAUCAAGUCAAACAACUACAACACGGUUCAACUGAUGGCAGUGAUGGAGCACUCUUACUACGCUUCCUUUGGCUACCAUGUCACAAAUUUCUUCGGUGUGAGCAGCCGCUCGGGAACUCCUGAAGAGUUGAAGUAUUUGAUCGACAGGGCUCACUCUCUGGGCUUACGGGUGCUGAUGGACGUUGUGCACAGCCAUGCAAGCAACAACAUUAAGGAUGGUUUGAACGGAUUCGACUUGGGGCAACAAACGCAGGAAUCAUAUUUCCACACAGGGGAUCGAGGCUAUCACAAGCUCUGGGACAGUCGGCUUUUCAACUACAACAACUGGGAGGUCGAAAGGUUUUUGCUAUCGAAUUUGCGGUGGUGGCUGGAAGAAUACCAGUUUGACGGGUUCCGUUUUGAUGGAGUCACUUCUAUGCUGUACCAUCAUCACGGGAUACACAUGUCAUUCUCAGGAAGAUAUCGAGAUUACUUCAGCGAAGCCAGCGAUGUGGAUGCUGCUGUCUACCUUAUGCUCGCCAACGAGCUCGUUCACACUCUUUAUCCGGAUGCAACGACAAUUGCGGAAGAUGUCUCGGGAAUGCCAACGCUUGGUAGGCCCGUUUCUGAAGGAGGCGUGGGAUUUGAUUACCGCUUGGCCAUGGGAAUUCCAGAUACCUGGAUCAAGCUUCUCAAGGAAGUGGCCGAUGAGCAUUGGUCAAUGGCUGAGAUAGCAUCAACGCUUUUGAACAGGAGAUACACUGAAAAGGCUAUCGCCUAUGCAGAAAGUCAUGACCAGUCUCUGGUGGGAGACAAAACCUUAGCUUUUAUGCUUAUGGACAAAGAAAUGUACGCAGGAAUGUCCGCUUUGCAAGAGCAAUCCAUCAUUAUUGAACGAGGGAUCGCACUUCAUAAGAUGAUCCAUUUUCUUACAAUGGCUCUUGGAGGAGAUGGUUAUUUGAAUUUUAUGGGAAAUGAGUUCGGACAUCCAGAAUGGAUCGACUUUCCCAGAGAGGGUAACAAGUGGAGCUAUGAUAAAUGCCGACGGCAGUGGGAUUUGGUCGACACGGACCAUCUUCGAUACAAGUUUAUGAACGAAUUUGACAAAGCUAUGAAUGCGCUGGAGGAAAAAUAUCACUUUCUGACGUUACCUCUAAUUGUUUCGAGUACGCACGACAAAGACAAGGUCAUUGUCUUUGAAAGAGGAGACUUAGUUUUCGUGUUCAACUUCCAUCCGGAGACAACCUAUGAGGGGUAUAAGAUUGGAUGUGAUCUUCCCGGAAAGUACAAAAUUGCUUUAGACAGUGAUGCAUUUGACUUUGGUGGCCGCGUCCGGGUUGGUCAUGACGUGGACCAUUUCACCAGUCCCGAAGGCAUCCCUGGGAGGCCCGAAACAAACUUCAACAAUCGUCCAAGCUCUUUCCUUGUUCUGUCACCAGCUCGGACAUGCCAGGUUUAUUUCAAAGUUCCGAAAGACGCCGUCCAAUCAGAGGAAGAGAACGAGGAUGUAAGCCAGCCAGCGGCAAGCGUCUUGCAGCUUAUAUCCCAGUCCGCCGCACAAAAGGAGCUUCCAUUCAAUUUUAUGGACGACAUCCCUGACUUCUCACAAGACUAAAGGUUGUCAACCACGACUUUCGUUUGGUCGAUCGUCCGAGCAAGGGAAGUGACAAACAGGCGGACAGCUUAGGAUCCGGACAGUUUAGGAUUCGGGUCUCGAACGAGUGAAUGUGAUGAUCUCGUCAUCGAAACCAUACUCUUCAUCCGCCUCACUGUCAUCGCCUUGGCUCAAACAGUUGUCCUUCAAAUCGCUCAGCUCGACCAUCUCUCACGGAGACAAGCUGGUGCUUCUCACACCAGUUCGAAGAAAGCCUUCCCAGAGCGAGAAUAUUCGGCUUAAUCAAAUGUUAGCCAUUGGAUA